AAUCCCAGAAGUGGGAUGAAAUGAACAUCAUAGCUACGUACCACCCAGCAGGCAAAGAUUAUGGCUUGAUGAAAAUAGAUGAGCCGAGUACUCCUUAUCACAGCAUGGUAGGAGAAGAUGAUGAGGAUGCAGUGAGUGAUUCAGAAUCAAAUGAGCCCUUAAAAGCAGAUGUGUUGAGUAAAAAACUGGCAGCUGCAGCUGAAGGUAAAGGACCCAAGAUUAUAGCAAAGCAAGAGGAAAGCAGUGAGGAGGAGGAAGAGGAUGAAGAAUUAACACCUGAAGAACGAGAGAAAAAGAAACAGUUUGAAAUGAAGAGAAAAAUGCACUACAAUGAAGGACGAAACAUCAAACUGGCAAGACAGCUCAUUGCAAAAGAAUUACACGGUGAAGAAGAGGAGGAGGAGGAUGAUGAGGAUGAGGAUGAAGAGAUGCAUGAUGCUGCAGAUGUAGAAACAAUGAGUACUGAAGCUACCGAACAUGACUGAGAUUUCUUGCUGAUUGAAACGAAGAUGGCCAGUCCAGUCAGUGAUGCACAUGCUACUCGUGACCAGCUGGAAAGUAGAGCACACAGCAUAGAAGAAAUCUGUCCAGAACUGUAACUGCUUGUCAAAGACACAAAUAUAAACAUCGCUUCAUGAUUUUUGCAAUUAAGGCUCUUAAAUAUUGAGAAGCAUAUCAGUUACAAUGUUGUAUUGCCAAGAAUGUUAAUUUUAGACUUGUCCAUUAGGCAGAAAAACCUGUCUAAUUGAUUUAUUCUUGUGCCUAGUAUUUCAUGGAGAAUACUGCUUCAUAAUCUGUUCAACCAGAAUGGCAUUCCCUGUGUGUAUAACGCUGAUUAUCUUGCAUAAUGUACUGUUACUCUUCAUGCUUCGAAACACAGUAUCUUGGUUUUUCACUAUUUAUUUGACAGUGUUCUAGGUGUGGUAUCUCUUAUGGAAAGGUUUAGGAUUCAAGAGCCAAACGGUACAACAUAUAUCAGAUUGACAUGCAAGCUAUUUAUCGGAUGUGUUAAGCAGUUUAAAAAGGGAUUAUUUAAGUCUUACAACUUUUUUGCAAAAUGUUGACCUGUUAAUAUAGAUUUGAGUACGUUAUUUCCUGUACCUUCCCAGUCUUUACAAGAAGAGUGGUAUUAUUUUUUAAGAGUGGUGUUUGGAAUCAGUUGUUAGUUUCUGACUGAGGCAGUACUAACGUUUGGUGGAGGGAAUGUUUUUACACUGGAAAUGUGCUAACUUGAACUUUGCAUUUAACUGUCAUCUCUUCCAUUGGGACUGGAUGUUUUGUGGAGCUCUCUUUGGCUUAUCAUGAGAACAUGGAAGUUCCCUCCAACUUUUCUCUUAAAACCACAUCCACUGUCACUCUUCUGGCUCACUUCAAACUUUUGGUCCUUUCCAGUUGCGUGAAGAGUGCUUGUGCUACUAGCACCUGAGGAAAAACACCCAGCCAUGAGCAAAUCCACAUCAGGACUGUGAAGAUGAGCUGAGGUUUAGGCUCUGGCUGUUCUUUAUACAGAAAGAUAACUGCUGAUGAUCUCCUACUCAUUUGGGGUUGGUAACCUGCAUACUGAAAACCACUGGUCUAAAUCUUCCUGUAUCCAUUGCAACUUACAGCAGCUGCUUUUGCAAAAUGAAGGCUGUUUGGAAGAAUAGAAGGGUAACUGCCUAAUUCAAAUACUUGUUUACAGUGUGGUUGUAUAGCCCCUGAAAAGAGGGAUUCUGAACCUCCAAAUUGCUAUAAACAACUUCUCACUCGGUGGAAUUUGACUGGUGAAUGUUCCAGUAUUCAGAGUAGUUCCUGGGUUUUAUUACACAAAUGAAGUAUACACUUUAAGCUUUAGCUUGGUUAUGGAAUAGUGUAUAUCUUAAUUUUGAUCUGAAUUUGAUAUGUUGCAAAAAUCCAUAUAAUUAUAUGGAUCUAUUUUAAAAUGUCUUUUUGUCCAUUGUAUAUGUGAAGUUUGAAUAAAGGAAUGAAAGUUAUUUUACAGUUA